UGGGGUCCUCGGGACGGUAAAAAUCUAUGGUUGGAAACAAUUGGUGACAUGGCUCAAAAUCGUUCUCAGUGGCGCAGAUGUAUCCACUCCCUGUGACUUAUGAUCUUCAAUGAAACUGUUUUGUUCUUCGUUAUUACUCCUCCUUUGUCUCACACCUCUGCUCACUGUUUCUAUUAUGCUUUUCUUGUACUUUCUUCUCUUGCUUCGCGUGCUACACGCAAUGUGGCGACUUGAACUUCCGCACAUUUGUGCAAAGUUCUAUGUCGAAAACAGACAGACAGACUAGGAUUCUGACCUAGAACCUUCUGGUUACAAAACAAGUUCGUAGGCCAUUCAGACACUGGCGGCAACCAACUCAAUGACCAACCCAUGAAUAAUAACUCCUGAAAAAUCCUAAUUUUAGUGCAACCACCAGCUUCUCUUGUAACUGCCAAAGCUCCUGGGUUUUUGAACCACAAUGGUGACGUACUGACGAAGAUUCCCGAACUAGCAGAGAAGAUCUGCCGAGUACUCUAGUACUGGUUUCCAACAGCUCUUUAAUUGAUAUCCAUCCGUGGUCAAACUUGAAAACAAAUCACAAUUCCUACAAACCAACUCUAGAACACACGUUAGUUCACUAUUUUGAACCAUGAUAGUUAUAAAGUGAUUGUAAAUAAACGCUACGAAAUUAUGGAGUGUUGGUUACAGGUUUGAUCAGGAGGUGACAUCAGUUAGAGAACCACUGGAAAAUCAGGAAGUAUUGGACCGAUGUUUCUUCCUAGUUCGAGACUCUUCAGAAGUACACAACCCUUAAUGUGUUUUGAACCUAGAAUCUUCGGGUCACAAGGUGUAUUUCUGAGGAGUGUCAAGCUCAUGUCAGCUCGACAGCUAGGUGGCUAUGAAACCUGUAACCACUUAAAUCCCUGCAUUUGACACUUGAUAAUUUAUAAUACCCAUACUGAUGACUGGCUGAAUACAAGAGGUGGUUACUUGGAAUUCUAACGAGAAGCCUCGAACAGUAAGAUCCAAUAAGUCAUAUAACAGAACAGUUGCUCGUCUAUGACACCGAAUGUCGGUCGCAUUAUAUGUUUAUCGUGAAUUAGCACAAGUUUUGAUAUUUAUGGGCCACUUUUUCGAUUGGUUUCCCGUGGUUGAAUGUCUUGCGAGCUCACCUAUGAGCCGAAAAGUCCCCAAUCAGGACGGAAAAAAAAUAUACGGCAUGUUGAAAAAUAGCUACAGACAGUUUUCAGUCUCUUCUGGCUAGGUCGGCUCCUAUUGGUCUAUUUUUCUGCUAGUGAGCUAGCUAAAUUUGAUUGAUUGGUUUUCUCACAGGGAAUAGAUAACGCUAGAGACUAUUAUUAAAGGGAGAUCUUCACUUAGCUUGGCUUCCCUCAGUGAAGGGAAAACAACUGUAUAUGUUUUUAGCGUGUAAGGAACGAUAGCAGUUGACACAAUCUUCUGAAAUAACGAUAAAUCCUAUUCCUUGUGGCUUGUGUGUAGAUAAGACUUGUGUGUGAAACUAUUUGAAAUUAUAGAAAUGGAUGUACGAGUGCAAUGUAUGACCGACAGUUUUCAACAUAGAAAUUUGCACAGUAGUGCAACAGUUCAAGUUGCUACACUCCCUCCAUGUACCACACAAAGCAAGCAAAGAGAGUAAAGACAGACAACAAACAGAAGCGUGAGGGAAAAGAACAGAACAAAUAGUGAAUGCAUCUGCGCCAGCCAUUGACAACGAUAUCGAGGCAUAUUACUAAUUGUCUCCAGCUAUCAUUGGUUCUUAGAAUCCCGUGGACUCGGACCAGCCAGCAGUCUACAUCUCCGUACGUGUCUGGCUAGCUUCAUCGACUGAUAAAGCUAUAUUUUGGUUUGACCAACUCUAGCUCAUUUCCAACCUGACCCCAUCCUAUUUCAGCCAACAUUGCUCAUUGCUGAUAAAGAUGAUGGCUAGACAUGCGUAACACAUGUCUUAGUCAUCUCAAUCGGUGUAGCUUCACAGCCUUCUCAUCUAUCACUCGACUGAGGCCUAACCUCAUUAUUGUUCACUUUAUUAUACUACUCAACAAGGGAGAAAGAACGGAAACACCUGCGAUUAUAGAUAGUUAACCUUUUCAUGUGUUCCACUUUCAGUGACCGUAUUACACUCACAGCCAUAAUGAAGGAGGACUGAGAUAACUGCUGAGCAGGAUACACGUCCUUUAGUCCAUAGCCAACCGAUUAUCACAUCCACUAAGCCAGAGAUGCGAAAGUAGACUUCUGUAUCUGUGCUGAGAUUUCGUCAGCGAUCAAUACGUUGGGACUGUUAGGACUUUCCUUCAAAUCAGUGAAGUGGUCAACGCGCUACCACUUCACCCCCUUCCGUAUCAUAUCUAGAAGUUAAUGUAGUCCAGUCCUGUAGUUUCAUCAUCUACAUUUGACGGGAAAGAAUUGCAUCACGAACAUUCUAAGAUUGCUGCUCAAAGUAUUUAGGAGGUUUUUCACCGAGAAGGGCUAUAUCAUCUUCAUUAUUCUAAGUCAACGAGAUUAUUCCCUGACGGUAACAAGUCAAACCCGUAGUCGGGGAAGUCAGUUAGGCUUCAGUUCAUUAGUACAUCUACAAUAUAACCUAUCUAAAUAGUCUAAACAUGUCAACUUCUUGAGUGUUUGGGAUGACCCUCCAGUUAUGCACGAAUAUCAUUAUAAGAAAGGAUUGAAGGUGAAGGACAUGCUAUUAUCAUCAAGUUGUUCAUCAAAUAGAUAAAUUAGAAUAAAUAUGUGUGUGUGUGUGUGGGUAUGCAAAUUCUACUUCACAAUCAUAAUUGAUCCUCUUUCAUUUCAGUAACUUGGCUACACGUCGUUUUUAUUGUCAUUUCGCUGAGGUCGUUCAACACAUAGCAUGAUAUAUGAGUUAAGUGGAGUAUCAAUGCAUUUUAAUUCUGAUACACUCGAUGAAUAGGAUUAUCAUGUAGAUGUUGUUUACCCUGUUACCUUGACAACAGGUCGUCUUAUUAUGAGUGGGAAGAAAGUGCAGGGAAUGAGUCACACACAUACACACCCUAAUGUCUUUGGAUUGGUUUAAUAUUACUACUACUAAUACGACGACGACGAGGACGACCAAUGAAAUCCCUCACAUUUCAUGAGAAUAGUAAUGUAACCACACAAAUAAAUCGUCUCCUUCAUAAUUUCAUGAUUGAUAUCUCAUAGGAUUGUAUUCGUUAACCAUUUUUGUCUCAUUAUUCGGUAUGUAUUUAUAUUAGUAAUAAUAAAUUUAAAUUUUGAUCCACAAUUAGAUAAUGUCUGAAAAUACAUCUGAAGUAUCGAAUACAAGUGAUGAAUUCCGUAAAGAGUAUGAACGCUUUCAAAAUCUUAUUGCACGUCUUCAUCAAAGAAACCCGGAUCUUUGUAUUGAAGAAAUGGAUGAAUUUACCAAGAGACUUGACAAUCUGUUGUCGUCACAAAAUGAUGUACCAGAGAAUGCAUCAUCACAAGAUUGA